UUCCGAUACCGGCUAUGACUUUGCAGGGUCAUAAACUAGUCACUCGCACCUUUCUGGAUGGCAAGCAGGCUGACCUCUGUGAUGUUUAUAUGGCCUACUUUCCAGACGGCGAGAAAAUGAUCAGCGGAUCUGACGAUAAGACCGCUCGGCGAUGGGACUUGCAGGCUGGGAAGGAGAUUGAGGAGGCGCGGAAAGUUCAUGAGCAGGAAGUACGUGCAGUGGCGGUAUCAAGGGAUGGUCAAUGGGUUGUCACUGCUGGUGGAGAUUGGAUCUUGAUGUGGGCUCGGAGCUCAAAGCCUGUCAGGUUGAGACGAAUAUUGUGAAGAUAUUUGAAGGCCACUCGGAGCGGAUCAGCUGCAUCGAUAUCUCCGCGGACAGCACGCUACUGGCGAGCGGGUCAUGGGAUCGUACAGUGCGGAUAUGGAACUUGGACACUGGCAAACUCGUCGCUGGUCCAUUGAAGAGUGUUAAUUUGACGGGCGCAGUUCGAUUCUCACAAGACUCAAAGAAGCUCGCAAUCCGGGGCACGUGGGGAGAUUAUUACCUUGAGGUGUGGGAUGUCCAAACACAAAAAUUGGAUGUCAGAAUUGGGAAAAGAGUGAACGGUGUCUUUUUCCAUGUGCCGGUGUUCUGGACUACAAAAGACAAGACCAUCGUAGCCGCAUUCAGCUUUAACGAGGUUGUUCAUUCUGCGGAUGAGGAGCCAAAGACGAUUUAUGAGUUCGACGCGUCUACGCUGGAGACUGUCGGAGCUCCCUUCGAAGGGCACGCCUAUACCAUCUCUGGCCUAGCACUUUCAUUUGAUUGUGCUCUCCUCGCUAGCGCUUCAUUCGACAACACCAUCAAGCUCUGGGCCUUCGAAUCCCGCCAGCUCCUCGCCUCAUUUGACCUUCUGAUUCCCAGCUUCCUUGUCUUCUCACCCUGACUCACGCCAACUGGCUGUCACGACACGUAAGGAUCCCAACAUCCUACAUACACGACAUUCCACCCGAUAUCAUUACUCGCAUCUGGCCUGCACGGGAAGUGUGUGUGCAUUUACUACCAGCAUAGGUCUAUCCGUUCCGUCAUCGCAUGUCAUAUCUCCUGUCCCCUGCCCGCGCAGACCUCUGCCUACAAGACACUCACACCAACCCGCCUUCUUUCGCUACUUUCUCAAUCUCCUUCCUUCUUCCCGCACGAAUGCACCUCCUCCUGUUCGGAAUGAUCAGCCUCGUGG